AAAGCCAUGCGGAACCUAGCUCCACUUCUAACGCUUAUAUUUGCGAUCUCUUGGAAGAUCUGUGAGGCGGCGGCACCGCUUCGUCGUCCGGAUGGACGAAUCGUUAACGGAAGGGAGGCAAAUGAAGGCGAGUUUCCCUAUCAGCUGUCGCUGCGCCGCCUCACCAUUCACAUCUGUGGCGCCUCUGUCUUGGAUGGCAGCUGGGCCAUCACUGCCGCCCACUGCAUCGAUGGCCACGAGAAGCAGCCGCAGGAGUUUACCCUGCGACUGGGCAGCGUGAAGCGAUCCAGCGGCGGCAGCCUGAUGAGUGUGAGAACGAUCUACAAGCAUCCUUCGUACGAUUCCAUGGACAUGAACUUCGAUGUGGCACUGCUGCGCACACAGCUGGGCGCCUUGACCCUAGAUCCAAAUGUCUCGCCCAUUCCGCUGCCCGAGGCUGGGGCAGCGAUUGAGGAGAAUCAGAUGGCAGUUGUGUCCGGUUGGGGUUACAUGAGCAGCGGUGAAUCUGUUCUAUCAUCUGUGCUCAAGUACGCGACAGUGCGGACGGUUAAUCAGGAAAAAUGUCACAACGAUUUGAGAUAUCACGGCGGAGUUACUGAGGCCAUGUUCUGCGCCUCAGCACGUAACACGGAUGCUUGUCAGGGCGACAGCGGUGGUCCACUUACAGCUAAGGGCACGCUUAUCGGCAUCGUGUCGUGGGGCGUGGGCUGCGCAGAUCCGUUCUACCCGGGUGUGUAUACGCGUCUCUCACAUCCAUCGAUCAGAGGAUGGGUGCGCUUGCUGACAAAACUGUGA